AUGGGGGUCACAUCUUUCUCAAGUGCGAUUUGUUCGCUUAAAACUGAGGAGAAAAAUAUUGUCUACGUAUUAUUAUGGGACUGGUGGACAGCCCGCAACAAGAUAAACGCAGGGGAACAUGCCAAAACUACGGAGGAGUUAUGUUACUUUAUUCCUAAGCACAUCGGGGAAUUUACUAGUGCAGCUGAAACUACCGUUAUAAAUCGAGAGCCAGCUCAAAAUUGGAGGUGUCCUCCUGAGAAUUUUGUGAAGAUAAAUUUUGAUGCGGCGUUCCAUGAGCAGCAGAAUGAUGGGGCGUUUGGCUACGUUGUUAGAACUAAUACAGGCGAUACAAUUGCGGCCGGUGCGGGUAAAUUGAAGCAUGUGAAAAGUGCGCUACACGCUGAAGCUUUAGCAUGCAUUGCAGCCAUUGAGGGGUCUUCAGAUAUUGGUAUUCAUAGGGUGCUGCUAGAGUCUGAUUCCCAGCAGCUUGUCUACGCGCUUAAGCGGGGAGAUGCAGAUUUAUCGGAUAUCGGGGUCCUCUUCCGAGAAGCUAGGAGUUUAUGUGUUUCGGCUUUCGAAAGUUAUGAUUUUAUGCACUAUAUGAAGCUGAUUGGUUUGAUUACCUUUCCGAAGUUUUCCUUGGACGACGAUGGUGACAACGCUGGUGAAACUCCGAUACCUGAAAAGACAGGGUUUGGAUUAGUCCGGAGGGGGAAGAAACAUCGUAGAUUGAACUCUGUUGAAGAGAGUCUGGUGGAGAUGGCUUCGGAAAUGGUGAAGGCGGCGACGAGCGAGAAGCUCAAGGAGAUGGACUGGGCCAAGAACAUCGAAAUCUGCGAGCUCGUCGCUCAGGAUCCGGGGAAAGCGAAGGAUGUGAUCAAAUCUAUAAAGAAGUGUAUAGGAAGCAGGAGCAAGAAUGCUCAACUUUAUGCUGUCAUGCUGUUGGAGAUGCUCAUGAAUAACUGUGGAGAGCCUAUCCACAAGCAGGUCAUUGAUAAUGGGCUUCUUCCGAUACUUGUCAAAAUAGUGAAGAAAAAGACGGAAUUGCCAGUUCGGGAAAAGAUAUUUCUUUUGUUAGAUGCGACCCAAACAUCCCUUGGUGGAGCUAAAGGAAAGUUCCCCCAGUACUAUGAGGCAUAUUAUGAAUUAGUGUCUGCUGGUGUGAAGUUUAUGAAUCGUCCAAAUGUUGUCAUUACACAAGUACACAAUCCUGUGCCAGAAGCAAUAAUAGAACCGAAUAAGGACAAUCUAUCUAGCAGAUCGAAUGGUGUUCAACAGGAAGCUAACGUGCAGCCUGUUUCUGACACGAGUAUAAUUCGGAAAGCAUCUAGUGUCAUGGAAGUUCUAAGGGAUGUACUAAAUUCCAUGGAUCCUAGACAUCCUGAGGGAGCAACAGAUGAGUUUGUGUUGGAUCUUGUAGAGCAAUGUACUUUUCAAAAGCAACGAAUAAUGCAUCUGGUUAUGACAUCAAGGGAUGAAGCGGUGGUAUCGCAAUGUAUAGAAUUGAAUGAGGAGCUGCAGAAGGUUCUUGUACGGCACGAUACACUACUUUCAGUUCACCCAACUACGACGACAGUGCCAUCUAAUCUCAAGGAGGACGAGGAGGAAGAAGAUGCUGAAAGUCUAUACCGGAGACUGCGGAAGGGGAAGGCUUUAUCGCAAGACCACAUAGACGAGUCCGUGCCAUCGUUUCGAUCUAUACCCGAGGAGAAGAUGCGCCGCGCGCUCACCAUUCAGCCGCCUCUCCCUGACAGGAAACCCACUGCACUGAACAUCCGCUCACCAGACCACCCGGAGGCGAGGCCUGACCCUGCUGUCUUGAUUCCACCGCCACCCGCCAAGCACGCUGAGAGGGAGAGGUUCUUCCGUGAGAAGAGCAUGGACGGCGGUGUCAACCUGCCUGGCCACCUCAGGGGCCUUUCAUUGCAGAGCAGCCGGGACGGCAGCAGCUCGUGCAGCGGCAGCACGGAUUACGGCGACUGAGGGGGCAGGCAGUGAUUGGUAUAUACAGUUCAUUUUUUUGCUCUUUAUUAAUAUGGAUGAUCCUCUUGAUGCUUGCCUGGCGGGAGAGAUACAAUGAUCUGUUCGGAGAGGGGGAGGCCGCCUUGGCCUCGGCCUUCCUAGUUCCUACUGACACCCCUGUACACAGACUUGGUUGGCUUGAUAAUUCUUUUCCAGUUUCUUGCUUGUCCUCAGCUGACUGACAUUGUUGUAGACAAUUGGUCGGUGUUGUGCUGUCAGUUAGUCACUUAUCAGUAUUAUAGUUAAUCUGUUUUAGGCGAGAGAUACUUUCAUGGGUAACAAGUGGAGUUAGGGAGUGAUCCACCAUUC